CUCGUAAAGUAAAUAAUGCAUUUUUUAUUUAAUUGUAAUAAAAUUGUCACAUUGUUUUAUUGUAUUAAAUUCUCUAUAUAAGUUGUUACCAUGAUAGGAUAUACUAAUUUGUUUACAGAACCCUUAAAUACUUAGAAAAUCAAAAAUAUAAAAGGACCGGUACAUUCAAAAAUACCGGACAGUAUAUUGAAUGAACCUAAUUUGUCGGGCAUGUCUGACGUAAUACUUCCAGCACGGUGUUGUCUUCAUCGCCACCCGUUUGAGCGCAGCACUAGGCAGAAUGAGCAGCUCCGAAUGUUCUGUUUGACUGAGAAAGUUAAGAUACCUGCGAGACAGGCGGAGAACGGAGCAGGACCGGAGACAGGCGGUCAGGCGUUAGCGGGUGUUUUACCGGGUUAUGAUCUGUGGGUUCUCUAUGCCGUCUAUGUUAUACGAAUUUACUGUCUUUAGGACAUUGUCCUAGACAGAUAUAAUUUAUGGAUAUUUCCUGAAGGGUUGUCAACAUUUAUUUUAUCAGAAUGGAUGGUACUAGUGAUGAGAGUAAUUCAAGAACACCUAAAAAGGCGAAUGAAGCAGUAGAAGAACCAGAAAAUUUUUCUAAUCUAGCAGAUGCUUUAGGAGGCUUAAAAAAGUCAAAAUUUUAUGAAAAAGUUACUUUUCCUGAUUCAUCAAAACCAGGAUCAUCAAAACUUUUAAGAAGUGGUUCUGCCAAGUUCAAUCCAGUACUUGUGAGCCCAAAGCAGAGAGGAAAUCCCUUGUUGAAACACAUUAGCAAUGUACCUUGGGAGUUUGAAGAAAUUAGUCCAGAUUAUGUAAUGGGAAGGACAACUUGUGCUCUUUUCUUGAGUCUGCGGUAUCAUAACCUGAACCCAGAUUACAUUCAUGAACGACUUAAACUUCUGGGACAAGAAUAUGAAUUAAGAGUGUUAUUGAUUCAAGUUGAUACAAGUGAUCCGCAUCAUCCGUUGAAGUAUUUAACAAGAGUUAGCCUACUAGCUAAUCUUACGUUAAUGCUGGCCUGGAGUCCUCAGGAAGCUGGGCAGAUUAUAGAAACCUAUAAAAUCUAUGAGCAUAAGCCUCCGGAUAUGAUAAUGGAAAAGACAGAAGCUAGCUCUUACCAAAAGGUGCAUUAAUUAAUAAUUUUAUUUUACUUUAUAAUACUUAUAACGAUGCCGGUCAAGAUGGCUGAGAUUGUUAGGGCAGUAGUGCUGUAACGGUCUCGACCAGAAGACCAUGGGUUCAAGACCCACCUCGGGCAUGGAUGCAUUUGUGUACGUCUUAUUUCUUGUACUGUCCUUUCAUCCCUCAUCAUAAUCAUCAUCAUCUCUUCGGCCUACCCCCCAGAGCUAACAACCUUGGGGGACAAAAAUCAGGAUUCCGCUAAAUUGCAGAACCCUCCACCCCCCAGAUAAUGGUACCUGCACCUGUUGUAUCAAGAUGCACGUGUGGUCCAAGUUUACCUAUAUGCGAAAAGAAAAAAACUUUUAAUGAUAUUGUACUUAAUUCAAAAUGUGACUGUCUAUUCUUCACCUAUGAUACUUUUAUUAAAUUGUUUUUUGUGUGAUGUCCCUCCUACAUGAAUGCUGUUGAGAAGCGUAAUUCACUUAAGAGAGGCUUCACGUUGAAGAAGCUGAGCACCUGGAAGGGGUUAGAAUGGAAGAAGUAAUUACAACCACGUGGUAUUGUGAUUUUAAAUGUGUAAUCUCACCACGUAAUACUUUACAGAAAAGGUAAGGAGAUGAGAGAAAGACAUGGAGAAGGAGGGGAGAGAUAUGUUGAAAUGCAUCUGUGAUGGCGUCAACUGUUUAUCAUGGCCUCCAAUUGUCUGGCCAGCAUGGUGUCAGCUUCAUGUCCAUUCAUAGUGGCUGUGGUGGUGAUUGGAAAUGUUAUGUGGUGGCAGUUAAAGCUGAGACUGUCCCGUUCUUCAACUUAGCUUCUUGGGCCUCUGGAAAGGCUCUCGCCUGAACUACCCACUCAGCAGCUUUGGCAGCCAUUUAUAUACGCUCAUGGUAAUGGUCGAAAUCUUUCUGGAAGCUUCCUGGGCAUUAUUAACAUACUUUCCCUUCUGUUAUGAGAUGAGUUUUCUUGUUUGUUAAGACUCAAAGCCACAUGGCGAUGAAAUAUUUUAUGAUAAGUCAUUGAAUAUUGCCAUUUUAAUGAUGGCUCAUCACAACGGAUAAUUGAAUUAACCAGCAGUUGUAUCAAGCGAUGGACAAAGUAGUUUACAAACAUGAGAUUGAUGCUUCCUUAUAGCAUUUAGAGUUUAAAGACAUGUGAGUCAUUGAAUUACUUAUACUUUAUUUACAACUAAACUUAUAUAUUAGUAAACACUGCUUCAAAAAUUAAUAUUUAAUUUCUUUAUGUAUUUUUUUAGUUUCUUUUAACAAAAUUAAUUCUAAUUGCCUAUAAAAUUGAUUAUUAAGCUGCCGAGCUUUGCCUUUAUCCAUGUUCCUUUAACAAUAUUUUAACUACUACGUAUCCAUUUUACGAUGUUAUUUGCAAAAUCUAUGGUGCCUAUAAAUGCCUAUUUUUUAUCUGCGCUAAAUAAUAUUCUUGUAUAAAUACCAAAAGACAUUGGUUGUCACUUAAUUAAAUUUGAAUUACCCUAACCAGUUUUAACCAGCAAAGUGUAAACCAGUUGAAUAAGUAUCAAUAAUCCUGUGUAUGCAGAAUGUAAGGAAAUUGUUUCAUGUGGCAACAGUACGAUCCCGGCAUUGUGUGUACAGAUUGCUAUCAAAGGGCAGACCUGCCACGUCCCAAAAGCCAUGUGACAUCAGUGGGGGGUAGUAGCACUGUUUGUAUAAGUUAAUCAUGUUCAGGAGCAACAUUUAGUGAGUUAAGAUUUCUGUGAAUCGUAUGUGAGUAUGGGCAUAUUUAAUAUCACUUUUAUAUUUAUAUAAGAUUGAAGGAGUUUUGCCAACUUUAAGAAUAUUCUUUCAGACCUUGGACUGCAAAUAUCAGAUAGUUUACUUUGAGAAUUUGCAGCAAUAUUCAUUGUUUUGUUGUCAUACUCAUACAUAAAUCAUAGUAUUCUUUGUUCCCUGAUGUGCCACCUCUAAUUGUACCAUAAACUGGGGUAAAAUUGAACCAUUAUUUGCAUUUUUCAAGUAUAUAGCUUAUAACAAUGGGUACAAAUGCUUUCAGAUAUCUUAUAUAGAAUGUUUAACUUUUCAUUUAUCUGUUCCCAAAUUUAUGUCUCUCAUAAAGUAGGUUCACUACAAUUUUGCUAAUUAAGUAUGAUUGGAAUUACCCCACAUGUUGAGUAAAACAGAGCAUCUAUUUAAUUUCUGUACUUUAGCUUUUUAUGCUGUUCAAUGCUUAAAACUGAUUAGAAUUUUAGUUUUUGUAUAUAAUUUUCAUUCAUACAGUAAAGUUGGCUAAGCUUUAAAUUCAUCAUUCAACACUAAUAUCUUGUAAACAUCUAAAAAUAUGUCUUUCUUCCCUGAUACGUCCCUUUACUUUCAUAACAUCUUUCUUUCUAACUUUGAGUAUUUGAAAUUUAUGGAAAUGAAAAAUAGUGAUCUUUUGAAUUAAAAUUCUUUCUCAUGAAAUUAAAAAUGUUUUUGUAAUUAUAUAAACA